AUGGUUGCUGUACCAACCAAUGGGUUGGGCGUAGUCCCUCCACGCGUCUACCACUUUUUCAAGAACAGCACCAUUGUUGAUCGUGUCCAGUCUCCCUGGCCAGGGUCCCUCGAAAUCAUCCCCUGUCUGGCGCUCUUGACAGUCCUUACUUUGUUCUUAAUGCUUGCUCAGAGCUACUUUUCCUCGAGAGUCAAGUCGUUCCCUGGACCCUUCGUCACCAACUUCACGGAUCUCUGGCGCUACAUCAAGACUGCUAGCGGUCAAGCUCAUUUGGUGCAUGCUGAUCUCCAUCGCAAGUAUGGUUCUGUUGUUAGGAUUGGGCCAAACACUCUGAGUCUUUCCGAUCCUUCGUUGCUGAGGGUCGUCUACAACACCAAGAAUCCAUGGAAGAAGAGUCGCAUGUACGCUGUGCAAGAAUCAGUUCGUCCAGAUGGUACUCCUCAACCAAAUCUGUUCUCUACUUCAGAUGACCAAUGGCAUGCGACAAUGAUUAGGCCAAUUGGUCAAUACCUUGCAUCAAACACAAGCAUCCUUAAAACUGAAAAGUUCCUGGACGAUUCGAUCAGCUUGUUGAUUAACGUUUUGAAGGAGAAAUUUUCAAACGCAGCUUUGCCUUGUGAUAUUGCCGAUGUCUUCACACGCUUCUCAUGGGAUGCCAUGGGUUACACCACUUUCGGCUCUUCUCUUGGAUUCCUCGAUGGCUCUCUCAAAGACUCAGAGAAGCUCCUCCAAGAUUCAGACCGGGAUUUUGAGUAUUUUGCUAGGACUUGUCAAAUGCCUUGGCUUCACUACUACCUGAAGACAAACCGAAUUGCACGAGCGUUUAAUGCACCGCAAUUGGAAUGGGCCGUCAAGCUCAGUAUUGAGCAUUACACCAAGCGUCUUCAGAUGCGCAACGCAUCGGACGCAAAGAAGCCUGCCUCUGGACAAGAUCAAGACUUCCUUGACAAAUACCUCGAAGCCCAGCAAAAGUAUCCUGAUCUCAUCGACGACUACCAGAUGAUCAGCUAUCUCUUGACCAACACCGUUGCUGGCAGCCAUCCAACUGCAUACACUCUGACUGCUAUGGUGUACUACGUCCUCAAGACUGAUGGCGUGUUAUCCAAGAUCCAUAAAGAGCUCAAGUCCGCCUCAUUGUAUGGUCGCAACGGUCCGAUCAGCUACGCAAUCGCCAAAGACCUACCUUACCUCGAAGCCAUAGUCCGUGAAGCCAUUCGAAUCCAUCCUGGUUUCGCUCUCGCCUUGGAACGUGAAGUCCCCGCAGAGGGCCUGAGCCUCCCCGAUGGUAGAGUCAUUGCUCCCGGAACAGUUGUUGGUAUGGAUGCAUGGGUGAUCAAUCGUAAUGAGAAAGUCUUUGGUCCCGAGCCCGAUUCCUUCAAACCUGAACGUUGGUUGCGAUGCCCUGGAGAAUCGGAAGAUCAUUUUGCUGCUAGACGUCGGAAAAUGUUUAAUACUGUGCUCUCGUUUGGUACUGGAACACGCGUAUGUUUGGGUCAACAUCUUGCACUUAUUGAAUUAUACAAGACUGCAGCAAGCUUCUUUGCGAACUUUGAUAUUGAGCUCGUCGAUCCCAAACAGGAAAUGAAAGUCGUCUGUGCCUGGGCCAUGCGUACGGAAGACGUGCAUUUGUACUUGCGCAGCACCAGCAAACUGGCCAAGGAAUCCCUAGUCGAGGUGUAA